GGAGUGGGCAUUAUACAGAAGGGGAACUCAUGGGACAUGAAAGACCUACUUUUUGCCAGGUACCUGUCAAAUAGGAAGGCAAAUAUUUCUGUUUUUUUUUUUUUUCUUCCUUAUUGUUACCGUGAGCCGGAGUCUUGCUCUGUCGCCAGGCUGGAGUGCAGUGGUGCAAUCUCGGCUCACGGUAACCUUCAGGAAGGCAAAUUUUUCUACAAGUAUAUGUCUGUCUGUCUGUCUGUCCGUGGGGUGCAAUGUUGAAGACAGUAGCAAAUGGCUCAUGAUUUCCCUUUGCCAUGGCUGUGUCAGUCCGGAGUUCAGAGCUCUCCUAAUCAGUUCCGAGUGGUUGACUCUGGUCAGGGACUGCUGCCUGACCUCUUGGUGGUGGGGACAACAGCCCCCACAAAGUUCUGUUCUCCAGGCUCUUAGAAAACCUCUGGGGAAAUUUACUCAGGGAAAUGUUCUGAGGACUUCAUUAUCUUCUCCAUCAGUGCUGCCUGGCUGGAAAAAGAUGUAAUCUCCGGUAAAAGACCGCUGGCAGGACUGAAAGCCCCUUUAUCUUCAGGGCUUUGCUCUGGGCAGGAUCUCCCCACCCCGCCAUGAGCCCUGCAGGUGGGCCUGUCCAUGAGGAAACAUUUGCAAGCAGUCACAGCCUCUCAGACACUGCAGGCCUCUCAUGGCUUCCUUGCUUUCCCUCUCUUCUCAGACUGACGAGCUACAAGUCGGUUUCUUGUUGCAUAUCAUGCUUCCGACCUUUGCUGUGCUUUUGAGCAAAAUAAUGACUUGUCAGAAAUGUUUUGACAAAAUGAUUAAUGCUUUGACCCAUGUUGGCUCUCACUUGGUAGAGCUCAGUGGGUAGGAGCUGGGGUGUUGGAGCCAGACAGCCUGAGCAAGCUCCUCUGGGGACUCUGUGAAGCGUAUGGUGAUACCAGUCCUGGCCUUGGGCACUAUUAAUUCCUGCAGCAGCAGGAAUUAAAUGAGCUUCACCAAAUUACAGGAACUUUACUGCCUAUAAAUUGCAUAGCGCAUAGUAAAAGCUCAAUAAUUACUAGCUAAAGUGAUAAAAUUUACCUAUCAUUAAAUUGUCAGCAUAGCCCUCCAGAGGUAACCUUUUAAGUAUUGUUGUCCUUCACAGAUGUAGACACAAGGUUCACAGAAAUUGACUAACUGGUCUAACAUAACUUACAGUAUAAAAGCCAGGGCUUCCAUCUAGGUUUUUGAGAAUAGAGCCUGAGCGAGCUGUUUCUCCAAAGCCAACGCUUCUCAAAUUAUUGGUGGCGAAGAACCAAAUUUUUUCCCAGUUUCUGUCACACCAAUAGUUUUGUAAAAUACAAUAAAAAUGCAUUCUGGAAGAAUGAAAUGAGGAAAAAGGACAUUUGAAAUAAAAGCCCCAUUUUAAAAAGUAUUGAUUUAACAGGCAUACUAUUACUCUUUAAAAUUACUGUAAAAUUGCUUACACUCCGCUUCUGUACUUUUCUCAUCUUGUAUCUUGAAACGCUUUCUCGGCCUAGCACUUCUCUGCAGAUCUCACUUUCAGUAGCACUGUCCUCAGCUACCUGUUUCUCAUCACUUGCCUGAGAAGCAGUUGCCUGGGAUGCUUAUUAAAUGUAGAUUUCUGACCUCCCCGCAAUGUUCCCUCAAUGCCCCCCUCCAUUCUGAAUCGGAAGGAUUGAGACAGAAUUCAGGAACCCACAUUUUGACACAUGAUUUUAAUACUUUGGAUGUGCUCUACAUCUGAGAAUCACUGUGUUCCACACUGUUGCCUCCCCUCUGCAGGUAAUAGAUAAGAGAGUAAGUAGUGAAGUGAGUGCCAUGUUUUAUUCCAGCCCCCCUUCUUGCCCCCCUUCUUUUCUCAAAAAAUUUUUUUCAAAGGCUUCCUUUCUGUAAAAGCUCACUGACAGAACCUACUUUCCACACGCAGUGCACUUCAUCAAACAGAUGUCGAGUGCAAACUGCAGGCUGGGUAGGUAGAGAGCAGACCACAAGAUGCUCGCAAGCAGUUGAGAGUGAGUAUAGGUAGAAAAAGGGCAGACCUAGGGCAUUUCUGUGCAUAAAGGUGGGGCAGAAGACGAGGAGCCAGCAAUGAGAGCAGUCAGGCAUUACCGGCUUGUUUUCCUGCUUGGAACAAAGUGGCUUCCCUGAACACAUCUUCAUUAUGAUUCACACCAACUUGAAGAAAAAGUUCAGCUGCUGUGUCCUGGUCUUUCUUCUGUUUGCUAUCAUCUGUGUGUGGAAGGAAAAGAAGAAAGGGAGUUACUAUGAUUCCCUUAAAUUGCAAACCAAGGAAAUCCAGGUGCUGAAGAGUCUGGGGAAAUUGGCCAUGAGGUCUGAUUCCCAGUCUGUAUCCUCAAGCAGCACCCAGGACCCCCACAGGGGCAGUCAGACCCUUGGCAGUUUCAGAGGCCCAGCCAAGGCCAAACCAGAGGCCUCCUUCCAGGUGUGGAACAAGGACAGCUCUUCCAAAAACCUUAUCCCUAGGCUGCAAAAGAUCUGGAGGAAUUACCUAAACAUGAACAAGUACAGAGUGUCCUACAAGGGGCCAGGACCUGGCAUCAAGUUCAGUGCAGAGGACCUGCUCUGCCACCUCCGGGACCACGUGAACGUAUCCAUGGUAGAGGCCACAGAUUUUCCCUUCAAUACCUCUGAAUGGGAGGGUUACCUGCCCAAGGAGAGCAUUAGGACCAAGGCUGGGCCUUGGGGCAGGUGUGCUGUUGUCUCAUCAGCAGGAUCUCUGAAGUCCUCCCAACUAGGCAGAGAAAUAGAUGAUCAUGAGGCAGUCCUGAGGUUUAAUGGGGCACCCACAGCCAACUUCCAACAAGAUGUGGGCACAAAAACUACCAUUCGUCUGAUGAACUCACAGUUGGUCACCACAGAGCGGCGCUUCCUCACAGACAGUUUGUACAAUGAAGGAAUCCUAAUUGUAUGGGACCCAUCUGUGUACCAUUCAGAUAUCCCGAAGUGGUACCAGAAUCCAGAUUAUAAUUUCUUCAAUAACUACAAGAGUUAUCGUAAGCUGCACCCCAAUCAGCCCUUUUACAUCCUCAAACCCCAGAUGCCUUGGGAGCUAUGGGACAUUCUUCAGGAAAUCUCCCCAGAAGAGAUUCAGCCGAAUCCCCCAUCCUCUGGGAUGCUCGGUAUCAUCAUUACGAUGACACUGUGUGACCAGGUGGAUAUUUAUGAGUUCCUUCCAUCAAAGCGCAGGACCGACGUGUGCUACUACCACCAGAAGUUCUUCGAUAGUGCCUGCACGAUGGGUGCCUAUCACCCGCUGCUCUAUGAGAAGAAUUUGGUGAAGCAUCUCAACAAGGGCACAGAUGAGGACAUCUACCUGUUUGGAAAGGCCACACUGCCUGGCUUCCGGACCAUUCAUUGCUAAGCAUAGGCUCCUCACUCUUCUCCAUCAGGCACUGAAUGGAUGGUCUUUGGCCACCCAACCUGGGAAGACCAUUUUCCUGAACAAUUCCAGUCUGCUUCUUUUACUCUAGGGGACUCUGUCAGCAACAGCACUAGGGCUUCAGGAGCCUGUGGUCAAAAAAUCAGGUCCAGCCUUCCCUGUGGCCAGUUUAUGAGCCCAGAGCCUCCUCCCACACACAUGCACAUAUCCCUAGCAUUCUUUCCAGACAGCAUCCUCCCCACCUUCCACCGUGGUAGAUGCAAAGUCUACCUCUCCCAUCAGGGAUGCCAAAGCUGGGCUUUGUUUUUCCCAACAGAAAGAUGCCAUUCUUACAGACCAAUGCUCUAUAUUGCUUGGAAUCUGCAUCUAAAUAUUGAUUUCACAUUUUAAAGAAAUUGUCCCAAAUUACCAUUGUGCUCAAUGCAGGGUGCUCUGGCGGGGGCAGGUAGGUGGUACAGGGGAUUGGAAACAUGCUCAACUCCUUCAGAACAAAGUUGCUCCCAAGGUCCAUGCCCCUGGAACAUGUUCCUAUCACUCUGGCUGGUUGGGCUCGUCCUUAGACUGGGUGCUUAUGAGCAAAGCAUCUUGAUUAGUCCUCUUUUUCUCUCCAUGUGGAGAUGGAAGAUAUGGAAGGAUACAGUCUCUGUCCUCAAGUUGCUCCCAUUCAGUGAGAGAGACAGAUAUCUGAACAGGCAGGUAGGAUUCAGUGUGCUCAGCACACUGGGGACUUGUAGAAUGAUGGGCUUGCUCUCUGAGCACCCAGGAGGGCCACACACUUAAACUGUGUUUGUGGAUCAGAGAAGACUUUGUAAUAUCGGGGGCAUUCAAAUGGGUCUUAGAGGGAGAGAAGAAGCUUGGCAAGCAGAUUACAUCUGAGUCAUUUGACUUGUGUUUUUUUCUUUCCAUAUUUAUUCUCUAAGAUCUACCUAAACUUAGAGACUCAAGAUAUUUUUUUGAGGAAACCUCCUACCCAUGUCUGAGGUAGCAAGUGCAGCCUCAUGACAGAUACCAGGUAAUCCAGAUCCCCAAAACCUGAUUUCUCCAGGCUCAGCUGGGCCUGACCCUAACCUACCAGCUGGGUUUGCACACCAUACUUCUUCCAUUCUUCCUUUUUAAUACCUACCCCCAAAUCUCCUCCUAGCCACCACCUGUUUUUUUUUUUUUUUCCUUUUCAAGUCAUCUUCCCCUCCCAAAUUUCUUUUAAACUUUUUUUUUUUUUUUUUUUUUUUUUUCUUUAAAAGCAUCAUGACCCCAAUUUAUUUGAGCUCAUGGGCCUUUGCAUGUCUCUCAGGGAGUAGUGGUGUGGCUCCCCAGACUUAUGUCACCCUCAGAGGUCAGAAACUUGGAGAUUGUAACUGAUUCUCAUCAGGUGUGAGAAGUGUGAUAUCAGAUUGCAAUGCCCUGCACUUCUUCUUUGCAAGAAGGCCACAUCAGGGGCUCUGGGCAGAGGCUGGCCCACUGAGGUUUGCAAACAUGCUCUCCAGAUGGUUUUCCUAAACCCCCUCUCCCUGAUAGGAAAUCAUACUGGACCCAUGCAGUCCCUGGUGUGGAGCAGUUAAAAGACUUGCACAAGAUCACCAAGUCAUACUGUAGAGCCAGGAUUCCUAGACCCAGGCCUCUGGACUCUCAAGGCUGGCCCCAUGUGCUCAAGGGGAUCUAAUGUUUGGGCUGCACACCAACCGUCUUGGAGCUGGGAUCCUCACUUACUACCAAACCCUCAGCUUAUAUAGCUAGAAAGGCCUUGAUUUUCGAAUUAAUGCCCCCCUACUGACUAGCUAUGCCACUCUGGGCAAAUGUUCUUUCUUGAACCUCUGUUUUCACAUCUGUAAAGUGGGGAUGAUGAUCCUAUCUUACAGUGCUGUGGUGAGGGUGACAGGAAAGCACCUGUCCUGGCUCUGCACCUGGCACAUAGUAGGUGCUCAGUGCAUGCAGGUUUCCUUCCUGCCUUCAGUAGGGACCUGCUCUGUGUUCACACCUGAGCUGCAUGCACCCUGUUGUGACUGAGGCUAGCGGGGAAGAGGUCCUGUCCUCAGGGAAUUAACUGUCAUAUUGGGAGAUAACAACAACCCUCCUUGGAACAUCCAAGAAACCAUGCAAAGCAGUGGACAGCACAGAACAUGCCCCUCCUCUUCGCUGCCUACAGCUCCAGUCUGAUUCUGCUUGGGAAUGGGCAGAGCACAUGGGCUGCUUCACUGCUGUAUAGGACAAGUCCUUUACCCCUCUCUGGGCCCAUGAACUCCUGGCUUGGUUUAUGUUCUGAUUUGACGCUCUGAUUUUAAGCUUCGAAUCAUGACCACUGAGUGCCGAGGAGGUACCAUUCUGACAGCUGGACAUCCAUGUUGGUGUGGAGACUGAAACGACACUGGGUAGAAUCUAGUUUUUAAUUAUUAAUAUGAAGGAUCUAAUUAAUUUAAAUAUAAUUCUGAAGUCUACAGAACUUUUAGUUCUGUGCUGUCUAUAUGUGGACGCUUUGGUAAAAUGCAAAUUGUGAGAUGGAUGUUAUUGAUGGUCUGGUGAGAUGUUUCAUAUUUUUGACAGUUAAUUUAAAAAUUAUGACAGAAUGCUGCCUCUGUCUAUGGGAUUCUGUCUUCUUUGAUAGCCAUUUAUUCAUCUGCAUCAUGGGGCUCUCUAUAAUCCUUCCACCAAUCAAAUAAGCUAUUGCUAUUGAUUUAGAGUUGAGACAUCAGUCUCAGAAACUUCUGAAACAUCCCUAAGCUAAUUCUGAAUUACCCAAGGAUUAUGUCACAUUUUAAAAUAAACGUGUGUGUGUGUUUUUUAAGCUGCUUCUCUCUUCUUGCUUGCUAAGGGAACAACUGCUGAUUGCCAAAUUUUGUCUCCAAAGAGGAUACAACUGAGAUCCUGAACCCCCCAAUCCUUAGCCACUAGUCCUCUAGCCUCAGACUUACACUUCAGUACUCCAGGAAAAGAAAUGUGUACUUUAUUGAAAGAA